AUGACGACGGUUGCGACUACUCCUUUUGAUGCCAGUCGCGUGUCCUCGUCGUCGUCAGUAACGCGCGUUGUUCGCUCUUCUUCUUUGUCUUCUUCUUCUUUUCGGAGGACGACGACCAACAACAACAAUUUCGAGGUUUUGAGAAGUGGAAGAAGAAGAAGAACAAACAAACCUAUUUCUUUGUCAUCACGUUUUAGUAAACCAAAGACGACGGUGAACGCCGCCGAAGGAUCUCCGACGAGCAGCACUUCUCAACAACAACCCCAGCCUGCGUUUAUUCCCGCGCACGAACGACAAACGUUAUCGAAAAUUCCUCCGGAACAGCUCGCUUCUGGGGGCAUGCGAUUGUCCGCACAAAACGAGGAUUUCAAAGUCUCCUUCCGAAGGUUUUUAGCGUACGAGUUCAUGUCCAUGGACGAAACGUACGACGAGACGAAAAUUUCAGUGUUGAACCUGGAUCCUCCAAUAUUUACGGUGGAGGAGUUCAUCUCGGAACAGGAGUGCGACAAUUUAGUAUUAGCGGCGAAAACGAGCGGUGGUUUAAAAGUCUCCGCCAUAGGCGGCGGCGCCGCGAACGAGAACAUUCGCACGAGUAAGACGGUGGCGUUGAACUCGCACGGGUUGGAAAAUCACGCGAGUAAGAAGGCGAUUUUAGCGAGCGCGGAGAAAUUAUUGCCUGAUAUACGAGGAUUGAGUACAAAAAAGAACGCGUUUAAAGCACCGGCGGGUGGGAAGAGCGAGUGGGCGUUCGAGUUGCCGCAAGUUGCGCAUUAUAGCGGCGGAGAAUAUUUUAAGAAACACGAAGACGCGUUUCCGAUUGGCAUCGCCACGGAGAAAGGGUAUCAGAGAAGAGCGACGGUCUUGGUGUAUUUGAACGAUGUUCCGAAUGGUGGAGUCACUCGAUUCGAGUAUUUAGAUUUGGAUGUCCAACCGAAAAAAGGGAAGUGCUUGGUUUUCUUCCCCGCGAGCGUGGCGGCGAUGCCGGAUCCGAGGACGUUACACACGGCCACAGAGGCGGAGAACGGGUGCGAGAAAUGGGUAUCUCAAUUAUGGGUGAGUCACUCAACCCCACCGGCGUCGGCUGGGAGUAGUGAUAAUAGUGCUAGUGCUGGACAACCAGCGGAUGUUGCUCCGAAAAAACUCAACCGAGCGCAACGACGGAUCCAGGAACGAGAGGAAGCCAAAGCUGCCAGAAAGAAGAAAUAA